AUGAGAUUUUUGAGUCUUUUUCCAGCUUCAAUUUUCGCAUACGAAAGUUGCGAGACUUUUUGCAAGAAAGAACUUGAGCAGUGUUUUUUGUCUUGCGAUCCUUCCGAUUUCUCUUGUCCACAAGAGUGUCUGAGAGACGAUACAUCUUGUCGGCCAGAAUGUGCAGAAGCUAAAUUCGCGAUUUUCUACCGCGACGAAGCUUGGACGACGAAUUUUCGAAUGGACGCUCAAGAGGAUUUGACUUCCGAGUUUGACUUUGACAACCACGACGUUGACUACAGUUGCACUGUUGAGCACAAAGGCAGUUACUAUCUUAUUGGUGGCUUUGAUGAUCGAACAAGAGUUUCGAUUUUCGAAAACUGCGGAUUGCGAAAGGUAACGGAUUUGGAACAAAACCAUCAAAUGCACAGAUGUCGAUCGUUCCAAGACGAAAUUUGGAUUUGCGGAGAUAAGGAUCGGGCGAACGAAUGCACCUCGCUCAAUACGGAGACUCUGGUGGAGACAACAAGGCCAUCCUCCGAGAUUGGUCAUCUUCUUGGCGGUCUGGUUGACUAUCAAGGUUAA